CUAUUGUUGUUUUCGAUUGGCAUUAUCUGUGGAAACCUUAGAAACAAUAUGUCUUAUUCGUAUCUGCUCUUAGAUAACAAGCACAUUAUAUGGUAAGCUAAAGAUCAACGUCGUCGUAUCGUCAGUUUGCUGUAUUCUGGCAGAGUUAGUAGUUUGGUAGAAUAAUAGCAAAUCACGUGUCUGUAUUUUUAUGUUUUUGCAAAAAAAUGAAGAUCUCUGUAUUCAUAAUCGGAAUAGUACUGACUUCUGUAGGAGCUGCUCCAACAGAUUCUAAGCAAGGUUCAUUGAAAGACUUCUCUCUUAAGGAAAUUCUUGCGUAUCAGUUUACUCAGAAAUGGUUUGGGGCCAGUUGGAUAACAGAUAAUGAGUUAAUGUACCGUAAUUCUGAUGGAAACUAUAUCAAACAUGACGUGGAAAGCGAAACAGAAAGUGUUCUUCUAGAAUCCCAAGACUUGUCCAAAUGGCCAGGGGCAUCAGUUCAAUUUAUAAAACCGGAUUUUGAAAAGGUAUUGAUUCGCUAUGCAGUUAGAACAGUUUUCCGUCAUUCGACUCUGUCUCGAUAUACAGUGCUGGAUACUAAGACUGGAACUUCAUACGAUGUCGCUAACGCAGAUGAGGUGUCUAUCUGCGUGUUGGAUCCGAAUGGACAAUCUUUGAUCUAUGUGAAAAAUAACAAUGUUUACUACCGGUCGGACCUACUAAGCACUGACGAAAUUGCACUUACACAGGAUGGUGUGUCCGGAGUUAUCUACAAUGGUGUUCCUGAUUGGGUAUAUGAAGAGGAAGUUUUUGGAACGGAUGCAACUCUGUGGUUUUCGAAUGAUGGCACCCAUAUUGCAAUGGCUAGUUUUGAUGAUACUGAGGUUGAAGAGUUUACAUAUCAUGUAUACGGCGAUCCCGAGGAUUCGGAGCGUCAAUAUCCCGAAGAGUACACCAUUAGGUACCCCAAGGCCAACAAUACUAAUCCAAGAGUCCAUCUCAAGGUCAUGGAUUUAAAGGCAAAUCAACGUAUCUGGAUUGAUAUACCAGCACCAACUGAAAUUGUUGGAGAUGACCAUAUCUUAGGAACAGUCAACUGGAUAAAUCGAGAUUUGGGAGUGAUAUGGACUAACCGUAGACAAAAUGUGGCAACCUAUCAGCGAUGUAGUAUACAGCCCUUGAAAUGUUCCGAACUUGCUGGUAUAAAUGAACCAACGGGAUGGUAUGAUCUUGCUACUCCCAAAUGUACUUCGUCUGGUGAUCUAUGUUUUUUUCUGGGAAAUAAUAAUGGUUGGCGAAAAGUUUGGAAGCUUGCUGGUGGGUUGCAGAGUUAUGCAUCACCCGAUAAAUUCACUGUUAUCGGUAUCAAUGGAUUCGACGAGACAAAUGAUGAUUUAUACUACACAGCUGUUGCAUCCGAUACACCACAUCAUCAACAUGUUUAUCGAAAUGGAGAAUGUAUCACGUGUUCAUUACUCAAGGACAAACUUGAGAAUGAUGCUGCCUGCAACUAUGCCAGCAUUUUGCUAAGUCCCGGAUUCUCAUAUUUCGCUGCGACAUGCUCUGGUCCGACCCCUUCAUACACACAGAUUUUCCAAACGAAAGGUUUACAACUAAUCAAGGAUUGGCAGUUAAAUGAGGAACUUCGCGAGAAAUUAAGUAGUUACAAAAAAACGAAGAUUCGGUAUCUUAAAGUCCCAGUGGGAAACGAUGGUUAUUACGCAUCCGUCCGACUCUAUCUUCCUCCACAAAUAGAUUUUGAGAAUCUUCAGAAUAAUAAAGAGCAGUAUCCGAUGAUUGUUCAGGUAUACGGUGGACCCAACUCUGUUCGAGUUUCCGACAGUUUCAGCAUUGGAUUCGGUAGCUAUUUGACUACAACGAAAAAUACUAUUUACUGUCAAAUUGAUGGACGCGGAACUGGCAAUCAAGGUUAUAACUUUCUGUUCACGAUCAAUAACCAGUUGGGGUCGUAUGAGGUCGAAGAUCAAAUUCAUGUGACGCAAUAUCUUCAAGCCAACUACAAUUUCAUUGAUCGAAAUCGGACUGGUAUAUGGGGUUGGAGUUACGGAGGAUAUGUGACUUCAAUGACACUGGAAAAAGAUACAGAGCAGACAUUUAAAUGUGGAAUAUCCGUUGCUCCUGUUACAUCGUGGAUGUUUUAUGAUUCUAUUUAUACGGAGCGAUACAUGGGGCUUCCACGAGUGGACGACAAUCUAGUUGGAUACAACAAAAGUGACGUCAGUCAGUAUGUGAAUGGAAUGAAGAACCACCUAUUCUUGUUGAUCCAUGGAAAUGCCGAUGAUAAUGUGCACUACCAAAACGCUAUGGUGUUUGUGCGUGCUCUGGUGAAAGAAAAUAUAGAAUUCGACCAAAUGAGCUAUCCUGACGAGGCUCAUGGACUAAGCGGCGUUCAGCAUCAUCUUUACCAUACCAUGGACAAUUUCUGGAAUCAAUGUUUUGCCUAAUACGAUCAAAUAAGUUAAUUAACUUAGCCCAGUAUUCUACAAUAAAACAUCGGUAAAACCUUGUCCAAUCACCAGACAAUAUAAAAGACUGAGAUAAUUAACCUUCCAGGGAACCAGGUUAUUAAAGGUCGGAAAAUGAUAACUUUGUUUACAUUAUAAUAAAACUGAUAAUGUUUGCUAUAAAGUUUAUCAUAAAGUCAA